AUGCGCGAGCUGCGUGACCAGCUCGCCCUCGCCGAGGCGCGCCCCCGCGUGCCUUUGGCGGCGGUUCCCCAGGGUUUCGAGAGGGAUGUUGAGGCCACGGUGGUCGUCAUCAUGUGCCAAGCCUCCACCACCAAGCAGCCCGUCGGGGCGGCCUUCACGGAGUGGUUGGCGGAGUUCGGCUUCCCCGAAUCCGAGUAUGAGAUUCCCCCGGUGGGGCUGGCGCCUUGCAAGAAGUUCCUGCUCAAGUUCAGUGGCCUUGUCGCCGUGGCCUCGCGCAAAGUUCUUCGUGUGCUGUCUCGCCUUCGUGUUGAUGGUGCGCGGAAGGAAUUCCACGUGGACGCCCCAGGCGUUGCUCGUGCGCGAAUGCAUUUGGGGCCCGACAAAAAUCCACGCCAGAUCAAGAUCGAGGUGUUGCCCCGCCGAUGCCGACCGGUUAUCGCCGGUGCCCAUCCCAACGUCCGUCUCUAUAGCGACCGCGACCGAGGCACCCUCUCGGCCGGAUGGGACAGGAUCGUCGGCGUCGAGGUGGUUGCGGGCGCUGCGCCUGCGACCAUCAUGUGGGGCCCGACCGCGCUGUUGAAGUACAACCUGCGGAAGGAUAACCUUGUGCAGAUCACGCGCCACCGCGUGGCGCCACAGGCUGAGCCUCACUGGUGUCUUUGA